AUACUGAAUAGGCUCGUGGCAAGUCCCCCAAAAUGUUGUUACCCAAGGUUUAACAAACCCCAACCAGGUACACAUCCAUACUGAAUAGGUUUAACAAACCCCAACCAGGUACACAUCCAUACUGAAUAGGCUCGUGGCAAGUCCCCCAAAAUGUUGUUACCCAAGGUUUAACAAACCCCAACCAGGUACACAUCCAUACUGAAUAGGCUAGUGGCAAGUCCCCCAAAAUGUUGUUACCCAAGGUUUAACAAACCCCAACCAAGUACACAUCCAUACUGAAUAGGUUUAACAAACCCCAACCAGGUUUAAUGUCUAACAUCUCCCAUAUAUGAAAUAGAUGUGUCAAAAUAUGUGACUGUAAUGGUGGUUAAAUGGAUAAAUAUUGUGACACACCCCCUUAACUCAUUAUUUUGGGUCUGCGGUCAACACACACCAGGUGAUACUGUCUUUUCUCCAGGCAGGACCAAUCAGGAAUGACUGAGAGAACAUUUGACUGUCUUUUCUCCAGGCAGGACCAAUCAGGAAUGACUGAGAGAACAUUUGACUGUCUUUUCUCCAGGCAGGACCAAUCAGGAAUGACUGAGAGAACAUUUGACUGUCUUUUCUCCAGGCAGGACCAAUCAGGAAUGACUGAGAGAACAUUUGACUGUCUUUUCUCCAGGCAGGACCAAUCAGGAAUGACUGAGAGAACAUUUGACUGUCUUUUCUCCAGGCAGGACCAAUCAGGAAUGACUGAGAGAACAUUUGACUGUCUUUUCUCCAGGCAGGACCAAUCAGGAAUGACUGAGAGAACAUUUGACUGUCUUUUCUCCAGGCAGGACCAAUCAGGAAUGACUGAGAGAACAUUUGACUGUCUUUUCUCCAGGCAGGACCAAUCAGGAAUGACUGAGAGAACAUUUGACUGUCUUUUCUCCAGGCAGGACCAAUCAGGAAUGACUGAGAGAACAUUUGACUGUCUUUUCUCCAGGCAGGACCAAUCAGGAAUGACUGAGAGAACAUUUGACUGUCUUUUCUCCAGGCAGGACCAAUCAGGAAUGACUGAGAGAACAUUUGACUGUCUUUUCUCCAGGCAGGACCAAUCAGGAAUGACUGAGAGAACAUUUGACUGUCUUUUCUCCAGGCAGGACCAAUCAGGAAUGACUGAGAGAACAUUUGACUGUCUUUUCUCCAGGCAGGACCAAUCAGGAAUGACUGAGAGAACAUUUGACUGUCUUUUCUCCAGGCAGGACCAAUCAGGAAUGACUGAGAGAACAUUUGACUGUCUUUUCUCCAGGCAGGACCAAUCAGGAAUGACUGAGAGAACAUUUGACUGUCUUUUCUCCAGGCAGGACCAAUCAGGAAUGACUGAGAGAACAUUUGACUGUCUUUUCUCCAGGCAGGACCAAUCAGGAAUGACUGAGAGAACAUUUGACUGUCUUUUCUCCAGGCAGGACCAAUCAGGAAUGACUGAGAGAACAUUUGACUCAGAAAGUUGUGUAUUGAACAGCUACCAUAAAGUGAAGUUUGCAUUCAUCAUAAAUAUUCAUAUUUGAUAUUUUAGUUUACAUUCAUCAUAAAUAUUCAUAUUUGAUAUUUUAGCAUAUUGUAUCUGUGUGUUUACAGGUCCAAAAUGCGUUAAGAUAUUCUAAUGCUGUUUGUUUGUGUAUGUAGGGCAGACGACUGACUGCUUGUAUUCCUAAUUUGAGCAAUAUCAGAGCUUUUUACACAACCAUCCAUUUCAUAUAAGGUUGGGCUUUGUUAUACCUCGGGUAGAGGUCUCUCAAAACAUAAAUAAAUAAAUAUUCAU